AUGCAUGUAUUUAUCUAUAUCAUUCCAUUCAAGGCGAAAGUAUGUGAAUACCCUAUCAAUUUGGAGACUGAUCCAUCUACUCGUCAGCCUGUAAUUAGUCCUCAGCAAGGAGCUCACCGUCCCGUUGGCCUCAUCGCUCGAUAUCAGCUGGAGAUUGGUACUUCAUCGCACUGCUAUUGCUCCUCCUCUUCCUCCUCCUCAUCAUCGUCCUCUUCCUCAUCUUCUUCAUCCUCUUCAUCUUCCGCAGCAUCUGCCUCUGACUAUCCAAUAGGUUAUCCACCAUUCACGGGAAGCCUUGGUCCUCCGGCAGCCUCUUCCACCUCAACAAUUCCGAUUGGUCCUUCGACCACCAUCACUACCUCUUCCUCUCCAGCAUCUUCCUCCAUCACGUCAAGCUUACUGGCUUCGGCUACUCCACAUGACACGAUAAUACAAUCUCAUGGACAGUCAAACUUACAUGGCAUGCUCCAUCACCAACAACAUGACCCAACUCAGCAGCCACAGCAACAGCACUCUCAUCAUCAGCCAGUGAACCAUUUGCAUCCAUCUAAUUUGGUUUAUUUAAAUCAAAAUGUCGAAUCAAACUCCCAGCCCCAUGAGCGUCACCAUUCUACCCAUCAGCAUCAGCAACAAGCAGAACAUUCUGAACAUCAUUCUCGAGUUUUAUAUUCACAUCACAACCACCACCUUCAUCAUCAGCAUCAACUACUACCCGGACACCAACAAUAUCUGCUACCACCGUCUCAAUCACAAUCUCUCGUUCUCCUCUCCACUGCCUCGGAUGUCGAGGAGAUGUUGUGUUGCCCUCCGGCGUCAACAUACGCCUCGGUCGGCAGGCCGUCUGACAACACACUUGGUGGCAGAAGUCGCUUUGGAGGGGGGGAUUUUGACUCAAAUCUUACUGUAAUUAGCCCCACUGGUGUUCUGAUGGAGCAGCAUCCAGGACUGCGGGUAGAAGCUACGUCGGAAACUCCAAUGGCUGCCGGACUGAGUGGCGGACGAAAUGAAGCCGGUACCGGAUGCCCCGUUUCACGGAACUCAGGAAAAGUUGUCACAGCCGGGUGUCUGCCUUCAAUGCGUGUCCUCGCUGGCAAGCAACUAGGAGGACUUGCUCGCUUGCCUGAAGUUGAGUAUAGUCAGGUCAAUGAUCGCAGCUCUGUUUGCCCAAGUGCUCAGUUGGCUAGUUCUGUGGAAGCAAGUCUUCAGCCAGUCAGAACUGCCCAGUUCUGCUCUGACGAACAGGUUGGUGAGGCCUAUUAG